AUGCCAGGCGUGAAGUGGGAUGAGGUGGAGUUUCCUGAUCCAGCUCCUCAGUAUGAGCUGCUGGAUCUGGAGACCUUGCCCGAUCCCCCGAUCGAUUUCAAGAUAGACGGCCAGGUGAGGGGUCGCAUCAUCAAGGCUGGUUUGGCACGCAAGCAUGAGCUUAUCUCUCUGGUCCGUUUUCACGGCUGGGGAUUUGAACAUGGGUUAGAUGAGCGCCAUACCAACACCAGUGAGCUUCGCUUCGUCCUUUACAAGAUCUUCUACAACCAGGCUCCUGAGCAUCGACCCCAAAAGUUUCUGGAAGUCUUUGACCUCACCCGCGACGCAGGUCCACGGCUGUUGUCAGCCAGCAUAGCAAGGCCGAUUCUCCCAGUCAGUCGCUAUUAUCCAGCCCUGCCAACGUGUUGUGAAUCCACUGUGUUAAACUUUCAGAGACCACCCGGUGCAUCGCCUUUUCUUUCUGAUCUGUGUCUGUAUUUGAUGUCCCUACCAUCGCGCAAUGGUGCCCUUCUCAACAUAUCGUUUCACAUUGAGGAUCACAACCAGAUAAACGUCUUCCACCCCAGCACCGCUGGUCUUCUCCAGCAGGCGGCACAUCAUCCAGCUCAACUCGCCGGUUCGUUCGAGACAACUGUGACCACUGCAUCUCCAGACGGGCACCUCAACAGCAUCCCUCUUACUACAUCAUCAAGCACCCUACAGCCUCAGCUCCUUGACAGCGACAUCGCCAUGGAAGAAUCCUUGUCUCGUGACAGAGGUCCUAGAUGGAGCGGCAAUUCGGAGAUGAUUGACGCUCUAAUUGUGGUCGCUAAAUUGCUGAAACUGACAGCCGUGAAAAAUGAAGAUAUGACCUCAGCAGAGCUUGCCUUCAUCGAAGCAGUCAACACAGAUUGGGAUACCUGUUCCGCUAGCUCGGGCCUACAAGUCAGAGACCGUGUCAAGGCUGAACUACAGGCACUUGACAUCGAUGUCAACGGAACUCCCAAAGACGUACAAGAGGCUUGGUUGGCUUUGACAAAGAGCUUCCCUCAGUUCCAAUAUCUCUCUGCCAGGCACUACUACUGGUGCGGCUGCAACCCUGAUGUGUGUCCCGAUUCUUCGUUUGUCGAUGCCGGACUGCCUUUCGAGGAACGCAUGCCGAGGCCGCCUUUUGUAAACACAGAUACAAACGGUAUCACCAUGCAGGACCUUUUGAGCCGCUGGUUUGAACGGCGCGUGACCGAGGCUUGCGUCUCAAAAUGCGGGAAGCCCGUAACCACAACCUAUGCAUAUCAUACCCUCCCGCUGUGCUUGGUAGUUGGUCCCGAUCCCGGCUCAUUUAUUCGCGAGCACACGCGUGAUCUCAGCAUCAACUACAUCGACUUCACGGGUGUGGAACGUAGAGCGAUAUACAGAUGGAUAGGGGGCAUCUACUUCGCAAACAACCGUCUCCGUGUAUACUGGGCUGAUGCGGAACCCGACGAAAGUGGCAAUGGCAGACUCCAUGUCUACGAGAGCCAAAUGACUCCGCUGAUCAUGCUUGAGCCCGUCGCCCUGCCUUUCGACCGAAUUCCGGCAUAUUGGUGGACACACAAGGCUGUUCCAUUGCUUUUCUACGAGUGCGUCUGGAAACCUCAACCCGAGGCUUUGGAGCAAGACCCGUUUGACUUUGACGUUGCGAUUGCAGCCAUGAAUGCCUAUCCGAACCAUGUACCUACACAGUUCCAGACUAUGGAAACAACCCCAUAUGCGUUCGACGCUGAGAAUGCAGCCCUAAAUGAUCCCAAGAGGGUAUUGACACAGACUGAUGCUUGGUUUCAAGCACAAAAACAUGAUGCCAGUAAUGUUGCAGCGACUUUAUCAACUGCAGAAGGCAGCUUGGAAGAGCUUUUGAAUGAGGCCAGCACCAUAGUAGAUUGGUCAUGGUUUUCCGCUCAGCCUGAACUCCAGCAAGCGAGUACUGACGAGACGACUUGGGAACAGUGA